UCCCAACAUGAGCUUUUCUACAGAGGAGAGGGGCAGGCCGAACACCCAGGAGUACAGGGUGUUUUUCAAAAACUCGGAUGGAAAGUACAUUUCUCCCUUUCAUGACGUGCCCAUUUAUGCGAACGAAGCGGAGAACAUUUUUCAUGCCGUUGUGGAAGUUCCGAGAUGGACAAACGCAAAGAUGGAGAUUGCCACGAAGGAUCCUCUAAAUCCAAUAAAACAAGAUGUGAAGAAAGGGAAGCUUCGUUACGUAGCCAACGUGUUUCCCCACAAAGGAUAUAUCUGGAAUUAUGGAGCUAUUCCACAGACAUGGGAGGAUCCCAACCACAAGGACGGUGACACGGGAUGCUGUGGAGACAAUGAUCCGAUCGAUAUAUGUGACAUUGGUGACAAGGUGUGCUCUCUUGGAGAAAUCAUCAAAGUGAAGGUGUUGGGAACGCUGGCUCUGAUCGAUGAGGGUGAAACGGACUGGAAGGUCAUUGUGAUCAACACAGAGGAUCCAGAAGCUGCAAACUUUAACAAUAUCGAUGACGUGAGGCGGCUUAAACCAGGAUACCUGGAGGCGACUGUUGAUUGGUUCAAACGAUACAAAGUCCCAGAUGGGAAACCUGAAAACCAGUUUGCUUUCAACGGAGAGUUCAAAGACAGGGACUUUGCCAUAAAAACAGUUAAAAGUACACAUGACUUUUGGAACGCAGUGAUAUCUAAGAAGACCCAUGCUGGCGAGUUAAACUGCAUGAACACUUGUGUCUCAGACAGUCCAUUUUUCUGUUCGGCGGCAGAUGCAGAAGCUGUGGUUAAGUCUGCCUGUUCUUUGGGUCCAGAAGAUCCCAUUUCAAGCUCAGUUGACAAAUGGUUCUACUAUGAAAAGUAACAAUCUGCAGCCGUGUGGAAAAACUUCAGAGGAAUUCUUCGUUCAUUUUACCAGCACAUGAGCAUCACAGAUUUAGUAUGAUUUUCUUUGUUUGGACUGUUUUUGACUUAGCAGAA